GGCAGAGCUGGCUGUCAGGCCAUUUGUGCCGGGCCACACAGGAAGCAAACAUGAGUGUUCCCAUGCUCAAGAUCGGGGCAGUGCUCAGCACUAUGGCCAUGGUGACCAACUGGAUGUCUCAGACUCUGCCCUCACUUGUGGGACUCAAUGGGACCACCGUCUCCAGAGGGGGCACCUCAGAAAGGAUUAUAAGUGCUCUUUACCCCAGCCCAGAGGAAGGCUGGCAGAUCUACAGCUCGGCACAAGACGCAGAUGGGAAGUGUAUCUGUACCGUGGUCGCACCAGCCCAGAACAUGUGUAACCGCGACCCACGCAGCAGGCAGCUCCGCCAGCUCAUGGAAAAGGUUCAGAACAUCAGCCAGUCAAUGGAGGUGCUGGACCUGAGGACCUACAGAGAUCUACAGUACGUGAGGAACACUGAGAGUCUAAUGAAAGUUGUCGAUGGAAAGCUGAAGGUGGCUUCUGAAAACCCUCGCAACCUCAAUCCAAAGGGCUUUCAGGAGCUGAAAGACAAGGUGAACCAGCUGCUCCCUCUGCUGCCAGUGCUAGAACAGUACAAGGCUGAUGCCAAGAUGAUUCUGCGUCUGCGGGAGGAGGUGAGGAACCUUUCUUUGGUGCUUAUGGCCAUCCAGGAGGAGAUGGGGGCCUACGACUAUGAGGAGCUGCGCCAGAGAGUCCUGCUGCUGGAGACCAGACUCCACUCCUGCAUGCAGAAACUAGGCUGUGGGAAGCUCACUGGUGUCAGUAAUCCCAUCACAGUGCGAGCAUCAGGGUCGAGGUUCGGCUCGUGGAUGACAGACGCCAUGAUACCCAGCUCAGACAACAGAGUCUGGUCCAUGGAUGGUUACUUCAAAGGGCGACGCGUCCUUGAAUACCGCACAAUGAGUGAUUUCAUGAAGGGCCAAAACUUUGUGCAGCACUCGCUGCCACACCCCUGGGCCGGCACCGGUCAUGUGGUCUACAACGGCUCACUGUAUUACAACAAACACCAGAGCAACAUCAUCAUCAAGUACCACUUCCGUUCUCGCAGCGUGUUGGUGCAGCGCAGUCUCAGUGGGGCCGGUUAUAACAACACCUUCCCGUACUCCUGGGGCGGCUCCUCUGACAUCGACCUGAUGGCAGAUGAGAAUGGCCUUUGGGCAGUUUACACCUCCAUCCCCAAUGCUGGGAACAUCGUCAUCAGCCGCCUGGAGCCCCAAAGUCUGGAGGUGCUGCAGACCUGGGACACGGGAUUUCCCAAGCGAAGUGCUGGAGAGUCUUUUAUGAUCUGUGGCACACUGUAUGUUACAAACUCUCACCUUGCUGGUGCCAAGAUCUACUUUGCCUACUACACCAACACAUCGAGUUAUGAGUACACAGACAUCCCCUUUCAUAAUCAGUACUCCCACAUCUCCAUGAUGGACUACAACCCUAGAGAGAGGGUCCUGUACACCUGGAACAACGGACACCAGGUGCUCUAUAAUGUCACACUCUUUCAGGUCAUUAAGACUUCUGGGGACUGA